UUUUUGUUUUGUUUUCUGUUGUUUUCCCUCAGUGGGUCUGUGCUGUGUCUUGCAAGAGAAGGGCCGCAUGCAUGACACUCCGCAAAGGCGAGAAGACGACCAUCAGCAUCCAGGAGCACAUGGCCAUUGAUGUGUGUCCUGGCCCCAUCCAGCCCAUAAAGCAGAUCUCUGACUACUUCCCCCGCUACCCGCGGGGUCUUCCCCCCACAGCGCCCCCUGCCCUCAGCCGCGCCGGCUCCCUGCGCUCCUCCACCAGCCAGCAGUCGGAGGGCCUCUCUUCUGACCAUGCCCGCGAGGACGAGGACAUGGACCGGGCCUUCGGCGCCGCCGCCGCCGCACCGCCGCCCAGCAAGAAGGAGGAGGAGCCGGACGUGGAGGGAUACGACUCAGACGAUUCCACAACACUGGGUACCCUGGACUUCAGCCUCCUAUACGACCAGGAGAACAAUGCCCUCCACUGCACCAUCAACAAAGCCAAGGGACUCAAACCAAUGGAUCACAAUGGACUUUCAGAUCCCUACGUUAAACUCCACCUGCUGCCUGGAGCCAGUAAGGCCAAUAAGCUGCGCACCAAGACCUUGCGCAAUACCCUCAACCCUGUCUGGAGCGAGACCCUGACUUACUACGGCAUCACUGAUGAGGAUAUGGUCCGCAAAACACUCAGGAUUUCAGUGUGCGAUGAGGACAAGUUCCGCCACAACGAGUUUAUCGGAGAGACCAGGAUCCCCCUGAAGAAGCUCAAGCCCAACCAGACCAAGAACUUCUACAACUGUCUGGAGAAACAGCUACCGAUCGACAAGACUGAUGACAAGUCCCUGGAGGAGCGCGGCCGCAUCAUGAUCUCGCUCAAGUACAGCUCCCAGAAAUCCGGCCUGAUCGUGGGCAUCAUCCGCUGUGCCCACCUGGCCGCCAUGGACGCCAAUGGCUUCUCCGACCCUUACGUCAAAACAUACCUGAAGCCUGAUGAAAACAAAAAGUCGAAGCACAAGACUGCUGUCAAGAAAAAGACCCUCAACCCAGAAUUUAACGAGGAGUUCUUCUACGAAAUCAAAUAUGCCGAGCUCAGCAAGAAGACCCUGGAGGUAACGGUGUGGGAUUAUGACAUCGGAAAGUCCAACGAUUUCAUAGGUGGAGUUUCCCUCGGGAUUAAUGCCAAUGGGGAGAGGCUGAAACACUGGUUCGACUGUCUCAAAAAUAAGGACAAGAAAAUCGAGCGCUGGCACACGCUGACCAAUGAACUGCCUGGAUCUGUGUUCAGCGACUGAAGACCCAGCCCCAACCCUAUCCCCACCUUUGUGGCUAAAAGCCCCUCCUACCUGACCUGGGUGUGGCCCAGCCUUGAUUGACAGAUACUCUCCUGCAAUUUCUCAGUUUGGAGGCGGGCACCAGA